AUGCACUCGGCCAACUCACAGAAAGUUUAAGUUGGGAAAUUGGGACAACUAACCUAGACAACCAGACUGAAUUUAGAGCUUUAGAGCUCAUGUGGUGGUUAGAUACAUCUGACUGGACUACAUUAUACGAUACUAUAAAAAUCGGAACCAGUUACUCACAAGAAACCAUACAACACUUCUUUUGGGACUUGGUGCCACAAGUUGGAUCAGCUUCUUCAGUUGAAUUUAUUCGUGAACUAAUUAAGACACAAAAAAUAACAAGCUUUUUGGCAACUGGAUUGUUAAUAACUUUUCCGUACCACGUUAGGUAUCCAAACGAAAAACUCUUAAAAGAAUCCGAAAUUUUAUUGUAUCUAGAUAGAGAUCUAGAAAAUGAAGUGAGAAAAGUAGCGAUUUUGAGCUUUGCUUCGUUGAUACAUAAGACGUGUGGUAAGGGAAUGUGCUCAGACGAUACGCAGAACAAGUACAUCAAAUUAUUUUUAGACAAAUUCAUAGAAUCCACUUCACACAGUCGACAAAUGUUGUUCAUCGAAGCGUUCAGUAACAUGAAAAUCGACAAUAUACUAGACUUUUUACAACCGAUUAUUACAGAUCAUAACCGUUCUAGGCACAUCCGAUUAGUCGCUAUUUGGGCAGCGAAAUCGGCCACUACUGCCCACCCAGAUAAGGUAUAUUACACUAUUAUGUUAUAUCAUAAUAUUUAAUAACUAACUGAUAAA